CCCACAAAGCCAAUUCCACGUAUCUCUCCCAAAACCUUUCGUAAGACGGUUGAAUCGCUCACCACAGAACAUGAUAACGAACCUCCGAUGAGCUCCAUUGAAAGCUUCCCAUCUCCGCGGAAAGAUAAGGGAAAGCGGCGAUACUCUGGUCCUGACGAAUAUUCAAGCGACGAUGAGCUUGUUCCUGGUGUCACUGAUGCGGCACUGCAAGCUAGAGGGAAAACACUGUAUGAGCAGGCUUUGCGCGAGAAGGAACUUUUCCAAGUUGCCGAUAAACCACCUAAGAAAACUAUCAACGACCUUGCACGAUUACAUGCGCCUCUGGCUAUGACAAGCAACGGCAAACAGUCGAGAUCAGACACUCACCCAUUCGCGUCUAACAAGGGAGCUCACGAGGGAGACUUCGAAAUGGUUCAGCAGAUGGAGGAUGCAUAUGUUGACCUCAGCGGAGGAAAUAGCACGACUAUCGACACUUUCACACAAAGUGGGCCCCAAGACAAAGAGACUCAGCGUAUCCUUCUUCGUGAGGAGGACGAGGAAUGUACGCAGGAGGCCUUG